AAUGCAUAAACGAUUGGUGGUUGCUGUUGUAGCUUUUAAUAAACCCUCGAAACCCUAGAAUCGCAUUGCAGUUGCGGCGCGCACCAAAUUUUCGUUGCAGAGAAACCACUCUUCACUCUACCUUCUCCAAUUUCCUUUUAUCCGGUGUGAAAAUGUCGAUUGCUGAGGCUGCUUGCAGUUACGCCGUUAUGAUCCUUCACGACGACAAACUCCCUGUCACUGCUGAAAAUAUCUCAUCCUUGUUGAAAAGUGCCAAGGUAUCAGUUGAGUCAUACUGGCCCAGCUUAUUUGCUAAACUCGCUGAGAAGAGAAAUGUUGAGGAUUUGAUAGCCAGCGGUGGAGGAGGUGGGGCUCCAGUUGCUGUUGCAGCCGCCCCUGCUGCCGCUGCCGGUGGUGGUGGUGGUGCAGCAGCAGCUCCUGCAGCUGAGGAGAAGAAGAAGGAAGAACCCCAAGAAGAGAGUGAUGAUGAUAUGGGAUUCAGCUUAUUCGACUAGAGGCUCUGUCCGGUCAAUUUUUGUGUUAUCUAGGGUUUAUUAUUCUUAUGGAUAUUGUAGUUUUUCCAUUUUGGGUUGGUUAUAUUUAUAUACAUUGGCGACUCCUUAUGAGUUUUAGUGCUAUGAAGUAUGUACUUUGGAAAAUAUGGGUGUGACCAUUUUGAGAUUUCAUAGUAGAAAUGUUUGCGUUUAUGGUUUA